CAAACGGGGUUCGAGGACCGAUACGCGCAUGAUCGGGCACCGCGCAGUCAGUCCGCUCCAGGCACCGAGCGCGGCCGCGCGCCGCCCGCGACCACACAACAAUUCAAAUAGUAAACAACGCGUUCCAACGUUCCGUUCCACGAAGUGCUGUGACAAAAAACAAAAAUGAGGCGGAAUCUCAAAAUCCUCUGCCUAGUUGCAGCUGCAUGGAUGCUAUUCCUCUUCUACUACAUGCAACCGGACUCCUCGCAGUCAAAGGAAGAAAACAUAGCUCUCCGUCUGAUCAAACAGCAUCCAGACGUCGAGGAAGCCGACAGCAGUCCAGCGUCCCCUGAAGAUGCGUAUGGCACCGGCAGCACCGGGAGGACCUACUUCGACGAGGGGGGGUACGUGGCGGGGGGGCUACGGGACUCGGACCCCUACGUCAGGAAUCGGUUCAACCAGGCGGCGUCUGACAACUUGCCUAGCAACAGGCCGGUGCCGGACACACGGAAUGCCAUGUGCCGCCUGAAGAAGUAUGAUGAUGACCUUCCUCAGACCAGCGUCAUCAUCACCUUCCACAACGAAGCGCGGUCGACCUUGCUUCGAACCGUUGUCAGCGUCCUGAAUAGGAGUCCGGAACAUCUAAUCAAAGAAAUUAUUCUAGUCGACGACUUCAGUGAUAACCCCGAAGACGGAGCAGCCCUUCGCUCCAUCCGCAAGGUGCGCGUGAUCCGCAACACGAAGCGCGAGGGGCUCAUGAGGUCGCGGGUGCGCGGCGCCGAUGCGGCCACCGCGCCCGUGCUCACCUUCCUGGAUUCCCACGUCGAGUGCAACGUGCACUGGCUGGAACCGUUGUUGCAGAGGAUCAAAGAGGACCCAACGCGCGUGGUGUGCCCCGUCAUCGACGUCAUCAGCAUGGACACCUUCCAGUACAUCGGCGCGUCAGCUGACCUUCGCGGAGGCUUCGACUGGAACUUGGUGUUCAAGUGGGAGUACCUAUCACAUGCGGAGCGCAGCGCUCGUCUCAAUGACCCGACGCAGGUCAUCCGGACGCCAAUGAUCGCGGGGGGCCUGUUCAGCAUGGACCGUCAGUACUUCGCCAAGCUCGGCAAGUACGACAUGCGGAUGGACGUCUGGGGCGGCGAGAACCUGGAGAUAUCUUUCAGGGUAUGGCAGUGCGGUGGCUCUCUUGAAAUCGUCCCGUGUUCCCGGGUGGGCCACGUGUUCCGCAAGCGCCACCCCUACACGUUCCCGGGAGGGUCGGGGGCGGUCUUCGCCAGGAACACCAGGCGGGCGGCCGAGGUCUGGAUGGACGACUACAAGGAACUGUAUUACCGGUCGCAGCCGCUUGCUAAGCAGGUGGAGUUUGGAGACAUUUCAGAGCGCGUGACGCUCCGCCAGAAGUUACACUGCAAGCCUUUCAGCUGGUACCUGGAGCACGUGUAUCCCGAGCUGCAGGUGCCCACCUUCGACGGCAGCUACCACGCCAUCACCCAGGGCAACCGCUGCCUGGACACCAUGGGGCACCUCAUUGAUGGGACCCUUGGCAUGUACCCCUGCCACAACUCCGGCGGGAACCAACUCUGGCGUUUCGAGAACGGUUUACUACGUCACCACAGCCUCUGCAUCGCACUAUCGCCUGAUGACCGCGUCACGGCCGUACUAGCUUCUUGCGACCCAGCAGACGACACCCAGCUAUGGAGAAGGAAGGGCCGUCUCCUCAGGCAUGCCAAACUCAACGCCUGUCUAGACUCAGACAGACCCUCGCUAUACAUUGACCAGUGCGACGAGGAAAAACUCAGCCAGCAUUUCAAUUUCUAAGUGCCUGAUCUGAUAGACGAUAGGGGAUCUUAACCUCAAGGUCGAUUAAGGUCACAUAGCCGAUGAGAUGUCAAAGCCGUGCGAAGCUCUGUGUGAUAAUAGGGAUGUUUCCUGGGUCAAAAAGCAAGAGUUUUAAUUAGUCCGACAGUUUACUUGUCAAAAAAUACUCUACACGUAUUUUUCACUUUUUCAAACUAAUGAAAAUUUAAAGAGUAAAGCGCGGCAAAGUUCAUAAUAAGAGGCCCGUGACAUCAAUGAGUGCAUAAAAGUGCCGCACUUUGUGACGUCGCGCGGAACUUCAACGCACCAUAACUAUGUAAUUAUUUGUUAGAUUGACAAAUAUAAAUAUAGGUGUCCAAUAUAUUUUGAUAUUAAACAUAACGGACUAAAAAAAAUUUUUUAGGAAACUAGCCUAUUCAUGGCCCCUGUAUCGUGUGCUGUGUGACCAUUCCGUAUUGUAUCGACGAUUGAGCAACCGGUAAUUGGUUUCCAAUUGUCCGUGUGCGAAUAUUGAAAUAUUAUGGAUAAAAUCUCAUAGCUAGUUUAGACGAGAUAAUUCUUAAUUCCUAUUUGUUAAGCUAUCAUGGAUCUAAUACCCGUUUGAUGCACUUCAGCCGUAUUACAGUUUGUAUAUAAUCUGGAAUAGCAUCCAUGAUAGCUAGGGUGUUGACUGAGUUUACAAAGGUAGGAUUAUAUAAAUGGAGGUUCUAACUACUCAAUUACUGUCUAGGGUUUAGUCACAAAAAAGACUUUUCGCUUUAACGAAAAUCUCGAAUUGGUAUGUACUUAUUCGUUUUGUUAGUAGCGUGGCACCGUCUUCAACAAAUCCUUCCUUACGUAGGUGCCAAACUAUCUUGUAAAUAUUUUCUUUAUUAAAAUUAUAGCAAACAUCAACAUUCCAUUUGAGUGAAAAUAAAAUAAUUGCGUAUUUAUUAUUUGUUAUUUUAUCAAUUUUGGUGAUGUUAAUUACAAAUUAUUUUUUAAAUAUUUAUUUGUUUCGAAAACUUAAAAUGUGAAUAAUAUCACUAAUAAUUAAGAUGAAAUAGAUUCUAAAAUAUAGUUACCAUUAGUUAUGUUUAGGGUAUUCUAAUUGUACUUCACUAUAAGUGCCGGGAACGUGGAAUGUGGAUUAUGUAGGUUAAAGACAUCGUAUCGCAGCUAAAGGGCGCUCACAAAGUAGAAAUAAUUUUAGUUAGUAUUAAAAAUAGUUCACUACCUACUAAACGUCCUAUUAAACCUAUGAUUUUAAGAUUACCUAAAUAUUCAAUCUGAUUCGCAUUUCAUCUUACUAAUGAGUAUUAAAUUUUUAUUUCAUUUACAAGUUUCAUCGAAAGCACACUACUUACCACAAUAUCAAAAGUUUUUUAGUGGAUUUUGUACUUCAAAAUCAGUAUACGGAAAUCAAUCGUUUAAGGUCUCAAUAUAGCGCUGGCGACGUUGAAAAAUAUUUAAGGCGCAUUUUAACUCGCAUGAUUGUCAAAUUAUAAAUGGACCUUGACAAGUUUAUUUUUACAAUUUGAUCGGUAUUAAUUAACGUCUUUAUUUGCACUUCAUCGGGGUUAUUUUAUUUUACAGUUUUACAAAUCCUUUCUUUAAUACAUUCUUUAUAUUCAUAUAGUCAUUCAACCAUUAGCCUCGUAUCGUUUAACAAAUUCGCCUUAUAGUACAAGUGAUCGUCACAAAAUUGUUUCUCGAAUAGAAUGUAACGUGUUAAGGAUUUUCAAUUUAUAAAAAUGUAAGAUAAUAAGAUAACUUCCUUUUAAAAAGGCCUAGAUAGAAAUUAUGCGUAUUUGAUUUUAUUUUUAAAUGUUUAUUUUUAAUAGCUUAUUAUAAAUACUCAUU